ACUUGUUCACUAUCCUCUCCAUCCCAAAAUUCACCACAAGCCCGUGAUGGCCUGAUCUGCUUACUCCUCCAUAGUUCUUGCACGACUGCACCAUCUGGGUUUCGUCUUCUUCUUCCUCAAAUUUCUUCAAAGGUGAAUGCUUUAUUAUCUAUUUUUUAAUUUGCAUUUUGUGGUGUGAGAAAAAUUGAAGUCAAAUACUCUUAAACCAUUUUUUGGGUUCCUCCUAUAUUAAAAACAAAAUAUGGGCAAUACCAUUUUCUCCGAUCUUUCAUCGUAUGGGUUCGUCUAGAUUCCGGUCAUCCUCAAAUCGGAGUACGCCGUUUGAAUCCGAUCAUCAACAAUUUGGGUUUUUAAUCCCUAGUAUCAGUAGGAAAUAUCGAUCAUUGAGCUUCGAUUCGGGUCUCCGCUUGAUUGUUUCGCUUUCGGGUAAUCAGAGAUUCGAGUCUCCGACAAGGUUGGUAAUGGCAACUUCUGCCCUAAACUCCGACCGGAAGAUUGUUACUGGUCCCGCCGGUUAUGUUCUUGAAGACGUUCCUCAUUUCUCCGAUUACUUCCCAAAUGCUCCUACAUAUCCAAAUCCAUUACAAGACAACGCUGCUUACUCUGUUGUUAAGCAGUAUUUCGUCGAUGAUGAUGACACGGUUCCUCAAAAGAUAGUUGUUCAUCCUGAUAGUCCUAGGGGAACACAUUUCCGCCGAGCAGGACCACGUCAAAGGGUUUACUUUGAGUCGGAUGAUGUUCUUGCUUGCAUUGUCACGUGUGGCGGUCUGUGUCCCGGGCUUAAUACUGUGAUCAGAGAGAUAGUUUGCGGAUUAUCUUACAUGUACGGUGUCAAGAGAAUCCUUGGAAUUGAUGGAGGUUACAGAGGAUUUUAUGCGAGAAACACAAUCCAUUUGGACUUGAAAACAGUGAAUGAUAUCCAUAGAAGCGGAGGAACCAUCCUCGGGACUUCAAGAGGCGGUCACGACACCACCAAGAUAGUUGAUAGCAUUCAAGAUCGAGGGAUUAACCAGGUUUAUAUAAUCGGUGGAGAUGGAUCUCAGAAAGGAGCAGCUGCUAUAUUCGAGGAAAUUAGGAGACGUGGGCUCAAAGUUGCAGUUGCUGGGAUUCCUAAAACAAUCGACAAUGACAUUCCUAUUAUCGAUAGAUCGUUCGGGUUUGACACAGCUGUAGAAGAGGCUCAACGUGCUAUCAACGCAGCCCAUGUCGAAGCUACAAGCUUUGAGAACGGUAUUGGUCUUGUGAAGUUAAUGGGACGCUACAGCGGAUUCAUUGCAAUGUAUGCAACUCUAGCCAGCCGAGAUGUGGACUGUUGCUUGAUCCCGGAAUCUCCAUUUUUUCUUGAAGGCCAAGGCGGGCUUUUUGAGUUUAUUGAUAAACGGCUAAAGGAGAAUGGUCACAUGGUGAUUGUGAUCGCAGAAGGCGCGGGACAAGAUCUGUUGGCUGAAAGCGAAGAGCAGUCCACAACUCUCAAAGAUGCCUCUGGAAACAAACUUUUACAAGACAUUGGCCUAUGGAUCUCACAACGGAUCAAGGAUCAUUUUGCCAAGAAGAUGACGCUUAACCUCAAAUACAUAGAUCCAACCUACAUGAUACGGGCUGUACCAAGCAAUGCAUCAGACAAUGUAUGCUGCACGCUAUUAGCUCAAAGCGCAGUUCAUGGAGUGAUGGCUGGUUACAAUGGCUUCACCGUUGGCCUUGUCAAUGGAAGACAUACUUACAUUCCCUUCUAUAGGAUCACAGAGAGACAGAACCAGGUGGUGAUCACUGAUAGAAUGUGGGCUAGGCUUUUGUCUUCGACGAACCAGCCGAGUUUCAUGAAGCACGAGCCAAACCAUCCGGUUGGUGAAGCAGGGGCCAUGAAAUGGUGAACAAUUCUGUCCGGAAACAUUUGUUUUGUGGUUUGAUUCGAGGAGGUCUUUGUUUGGGGAAGUAAGGUUUCGUUAUUUUAUAGAAACUUUUCGAAAUGUUUUAUAAUCUCCUUCAAGCAUAGAGAAGAGAUAUAUAACCUCCUUUGAAAAUAUUCAUACGGUUAAUAAUGGUGAGAAUAAUGUAAUAACUUUGGUUUGAUUUUGCUCUUACCAGAGCUGUAAUAUACAAAUUUAUAAUCAUUCUGUAAUUUAAGUGUUAUUUUCUCUUGUA